AUGCCAAACAAGCUCAGAAGAAGUAGAAACAACCUUCGACUCAGACGCCUCAACCUAUGUUUCUCAAAUCCCAUGCAGCCGUUCACACCUGAAUCUCCCCCUGCAAGCCCCACACCUUCCUCAUCAUUUCUUCAACAUCAUUUUCAUCACAGUCACAGCUGUCCAUCAUCACCACCCACCGCCACGUCAUCAAUCAUUACCAGCACCGUCACCGCCGACCUCGCCACCGCCUUCGCCUCCCAACGCUUCUUCUUCUCCUCCCCCGGCCUCUCCAACUCCAUCGUCGAAUCCACCACCACCGACACCAAUUGCACCUCAUCUUCUUCCUCCUCGGUGAUGGCCACCGCCCCUCCGACGCCGCCAGAUGAAUCUGCCACCGACGAGAAGGAAAAGAAGGUGCUGUUCAGCGGCAGUGUGGCGGUGCCGACCUACUCGCCGGACCCUUACGUGGACUUCCGGCGGUCCAUGGAGGAGAUGGUGGAGGCGCGUCCGGAGUUGAUGGACGUGAAGUCCAACUGGCACGUGUUGCACGAUCUUCUUCUCUGCUAUCUUGCGCUCAACCCAGAGAGCACUCACAAGUUCAUUCUCGGUGCUUUUACUGAUCUUCUCGCUAACCUCAUGUCCUUUUCUUUUUCUUCUUCUUCUUCUUCUUCUCCGUCGCCGGCGGUGGCGAGGGAUGUUAGAGAAUUUGAUGAGCGUUGA